CCGCCGCCGGAGCAGCCCGAGCCGCGCGGGCCGAGCGCGCAGAGCCGCCCUCGCCUCCCGGCUGCUACGGCCGCCAGCCCGGCAGAGGAGGAGCCGUCCGCGCUCCGAACCCUCGGUCAGUCCCGGAGCUCGGCACCGCACACCAGGGUACCAUGGUCUGCAAGAUUCUCUUCGCUCUCUGCAUCUUCACGGCAGGAUUGAGGGUACAGAGCCUGCCUGCGUCAUCCCCCUUGCCUGUUUCUCUUCCGGCAACCACUCUCCCUUCCACGGCCAUCUGGACAAGCUCUCCACAGAGCCCUCCUGCCUCCCUGACCAGUGGCACUCCCAGCAACUCAGUCUUCCCAGCCACAGCCUCCGCGCCAGCACCUCUGCUCCCCAAGAACAUUUCCACAGAGCCCAGAGAAGAGGAGACGACGAGCAGCCUGGCCUCCCCCCGGGAAGGCACGAACACAGACCCCUCACCAGCCGGCGGUGGGGUGCACUUAACAGCCACACCCUCAGAACACAACUCAGGCACUCCCGAGGGGGCAAGCGCGCCCCCCACAGGGUCCCAGCCCCCCUCGGCGGCCCCCACUGAGUCUCCCACCCUCACCUCCCCUCAGGCUCCAGCCUCAUCACCCCCACGCCUAUCAACCUCACCCCCGGAGGUUUCUUCUGCCUCCUCCGCCAGCACCAAUCACAGCUCUGCUGAGACCAGCACCAAGCCCACAGGAGCCCCAACCCCACCGGAGUCCCCAGCAGAAGAGCACAGUUCUGCCCACACACCCACUUCACAUGCCACAGCCCAGCCGCUGCCCACGGAGACAGCACCCCAAGCCACAGUGCCGGCAAAAGUGACCUGUGUGAUGAUGGACAUGGAGACCACUGCCUCCCCUGGGGUGAGCAUGCAGGAAGUGGAGCAUGCGCUAAGUUCAGGGAGCAUCGCCGCCAUUACAGUGACGGUCAUUGCCGUGGUGUUGUUGGUGUUUGGAGUCGCAGCAUAUCUGAAGAUCAGGCAUUCCUCCUACGGAAGGCUUUUGGAUGAUCAUGACUACGGAUCCUGGGGAAACUACAACAAUCCUCUGUACGACGACUCCUAACGAAGGAACGUGGCCGGGACGAGGAAGAACUGUUGUUUAUUUAUAAAGUGCUUUCCAGUAGAAUUAAUACAAGUACCUGAUAUGCAUUGAGCGACAAUCUCUUAA